AAAUAAUGUACCGUUAGCCUCAUUAGCUACUAGCUAGCUAGCUAUCUUAAAUACAACCGUCGGGAGAGAAAACGACGAGAUUAUUUGCAGAGUGGAGAAGCCUAUAAAAGAAGUGAUGCAGAGCCUGAGGCAGCAGGCCUUUGCUCCCAAAGAGGAGGAGGGUGACGGUGAUGCUGUGAGAUCGAGCACCGCCACCUCCAGGUGGUCCAGUCCCUCCAGGCUGCAAUGUGACUCUAACAGAUCAUACCACACAUCUGACUUUGAAGACCAGGAUGACCCGCUUACAGACAAGGCCCCAGAAGUCAAGACAUCAGACAAGUGGCCAAGGUCGAACACACUGGGACGAGAAAAGGGUAAAAAAGCAGAAGGGCCCAACAAGCAAAAGACAGACCACACUGCCAGCCACCAUUUGCCCAAGUUGCCUCCAAUCAAGCCCCUGCAGGUUUCAAAGCCGGGGAUCCCGUCUGCCGACUUGAACCGUAUCAAGGAUCUGAAGAGCCAGGUGUGGGAUCUGCAGCAGCAGCUGAGCGAAGCCAGGACCGAGAACAAGCUGCUGAGGAGGCUCCAGCAUCGCCACACGGUGGCACUGCAGCACUUCCAAGACUCCGAGGGCUGCCUCUCCCAGAUCCUCGAAAACCACAGCAACAAGGCCCGAGUCCUGCAGGGGUCGCUCCGUGAGACUCGCGCCUGCCGCGACAAUCUGGCAAGGCAGCUAAAAACCACAGAAAAAAAGUUGCUGAGCACAAAGGCCAGUGUCCAGCACCUACAGCUGCUCAAUGAGGACCACCGCCUGCUGGAGAGGGAGGAACUCACCUUUAGGCUGACCCAGGCCUCUGCAGAGCUGGAGGGCAAGGACAAGAGGAUACUGGACUUGGAGAAGAAUCUUGAAUUGUGCCGAUCCUCAUUCAAUCGUCAAAUAGUCACUGAACAAAGAAAGAUCAGCAAGGCGAGAAAGAUGUCCUGCUAUCUGCAAGAGCAAAUAUAUCAGCUAAACAAGGAAAUUCAAGAUAGAGAGAGAGAACUGGAAACACACAAUAUUUACUCCCACAGGUUCCUAAAACCACCGUCCAAAAAAGUCACUGAAAGCAAGAUGGUUCAAACUGAUGGAUUAGUCCUUCUCCUCACUGCGGCUGUGAGUCUUUUGCAAUUAGAAUAUACGGAGACUGAGGAGAGCUCUGUGAACUGGUGUUGUUACAAUCCAGGGCAGGAGUCUUUGGUACUAGAAGAUCCAGAGAAAGACGUUUCUUCAAAUGUCUCAUUAGAAGAGGAAACUGAGACGUGUUCAGACACCAGUGAGCAGAGUAGUUGUUCAGAAGAGAGCCCAGAAUAUCAAACAGAGGAAGCAGAGGCCCCACAGGUGUUAGAAGAAGAGCCGAAAACAGAGGAGCACGAGAGCGAGACGUCUUUCAUUUCACAACAGUUGCUGAAUUUGACUGAACCCAAGAGAAAAGGAUCCAAGCUCUCCAAAAAUAGACGCACUUACACCUUCAAAGAAUCUAUCGAGAAUCUGCACAGUGGAAGGCCUGUCUACAGCAGUGUGGACUCGAGUCACUGUCAAAGCCGAGAGGUGGAGGUCAUCAGCAGCGAGAGUCGUGAACUCGGUCCUCCAGCUGGGAAAUCCAGGAGAGGUGAAGCAGGCAGCCCUCAGGGUGAGUGACGACAGAAGCAGAGCCGGCUGAGGAUGAUUUGGUGACUAGACACCAGGACUGAGGUCGAUAAUGUCAGACACACCUAUACUCUCUAGCUGCCACACACAGAGGGAAAGUGGAUGAGGAGAUUUUGUCUGUAGUGGCAGAAGAUUUUCUAAUAUUUAAGUAUUUCUCUGAAUAAAUGAUUGUUUGACAAAAAGCUACACCCGGUCCAUUGUGAUCCAUCUACUUUGUUUGUCUUUUACAAUUUUACUUAAAAGGACAACUACCCUAUUUGUGAAUUACCAAAUUAUAACAUUACAAUCUUUUCUUGACGUUUUAUUUUCUUUAAAAAAGGCAUUUCAACAUUUCAAAACCAUUGUUUUUGGUCCAAUUCAGUCAAUAUUUUCACAAUUAACUUAACAUCCUCGGAACAAAAAGAACUAAAUUCAACAUCACCAAAAAAACUAUGUUGCAACAUGCCAAAAUGCACCGCAUUUUUACACGUUGACCUGAAGCAGCUGAAAAUAAAAUAACACAAAAUAAGGCUUUCAUCAACUGAACGUUGAGCAAUAAGUUAGAGAACCAGUGUGUUUGACUCAGCAGCCAUCUCUAGCUGACGGCAUGGAGACCCAGAGAAACCACUUUGUUACAAACCACCAGCCAGCAUGUGAUUCCUACUCCACCUGAGGGGAAAGAACAGCCCCGUCAGUGAAUUAAUGGAGUAGGGAAAGUACAGCAUACUGCA